CUGUUUUCUUGCAAGCACAUCAUCAGCAGGUUUGAUGUUUGUCACCUAAAAACAGCAUGCCAUGUCCACCAAAUCGCUUGCGCUGACGUUGGUCCGCCCACGGGUCCUGGAGCUUCGUCAAGUGUUUCAAGAUGAGCGACUUCGAGCUGGCCAAUUGUUGGUCCAAGUGGAGUAUAGCAGUGUCCAGCCACUGGAUGGAGAGAUGUUCAACUGCUCUGGAGCCUUCGAAGCGCUUCAGACUCCGCAUGUCAUGGGCGUGGAGGGUGUGGGAGUUGUCUUGAAGUCCUGCAGUGAUACUGUCCCCGAAGGGGCGAGGAUAGCUUUCCUCCUACGAAAGUUCUUCAAUGAUGACCGCCAUGGAGCUUGGCAGAAGCGUUUGGUCUUGGAUGAAGAGCGGGCGCUCAUCCUGGCGGUGCCUCCCGUGGUGGGACUGAAUCAGAUUGCGGCCUGCACCACUUCCACGG